CCUCAUCUGUGGACCGAUCUGGAGUCAGCUCGAAGUUAAUUCUGUUAUUUCUUACUACCACGAAAGUGUUCCGCGUGACCACGUGCUUUGAUCAUUUCCAUUUGAUGUAAAUAUGUAAGCUGUUCUCGCCUAUCGCCUUACGUCGGGCCUCUAUCGCAAUGUCUAUUUGUCAGAUAUUGUAGCGAAAAGCACAAAUCGGAGAGCCCAGUUUGUUUAUACCCGCCCUCUCAGACACGUUGCCGUAGGAGAGGCUGCACGGGGUGUCCGUUACUCCAUCACGACAUUCACCGCAUCCCUACACCGACCUGGGGGGGAGCCCAGCCAUGAGCCCAGGGUCCUGAUCUCACCGCUCAUAGCAGACCCCGGGGGAAGCCGCUAUAGUCACUUGUUCCGGUGUGUGAUGCUCUCCAGUGGAUGAGAGCCCGUAGGCCUGCUAUCCGGUGGAGGAUGUCUGCGUCGGACUCUGAUUACUCAAUAGACUACCUGGCCAGUGACAGUGAGGAUAAUGACAACGACAGUGGCGUGGGACUGAGCCCCGACGGACACACAGUCGACAGUGCCAGGACGGCACCUUCAUCCUCCUUACCCCCACCCUCAUCAUCAUCAUCAUCAUUAAGGGACUCUCCCAGUAACACUGACUGUGGUUCUUCUAAGGACGGGAUCUCCAGGCUAAACAGGAAUUCCAACCAUGAGGACCCCCAUAGGCUGAGCAGUGAAACGGGAGAUUUCGGGGACUCUGGCCUCAGUAGGGAUGGGGACAGUGAUAACUCCAACGAUGCUGACCCUCGACUGAGCAGGGACAGAGAUUCUAGUUGUGGUGGCACCCCUCCAGCCACCUACGAGGGGGUCCGCUGCCCCAGUGAGACCCAGGGAUAUAGCUGGCCCACUGAGGCCAGUGAGACCCAGGAAUAUAGUCCUACUGUGUAUGGCCAGCAGCAGCAGAGACUGUCAUGGAGCCCGACGUCCUCCUCUCAAGCCUGGGAUAGAAGCAGUAGACAGAGUGGCACUGGGAAGCCUGGGCAGGGCAGGAAGAGGGCACACAGCCAUGGAUGGCAUCCUGGAGACCAGUAUGAAGGCUGUAGGAACAGAGACACACCAAAACCUGGGGAGCCUGAGAAGGAUCAGCUGUUUGCCCAGAAGUGUGUGGAGCUCCAGCGUUACCUCCAUCCCCUGUCUUCCAUCCUGAGAGGCCUGCGCUCUGGGAGGUACUCAGAACGUCUUAGCAGUUUCCAGGAGAGCGUUGCUAUGGACCGGAUCCAGAGAAUAAUGGGAGUCCUCCAGAACCCAAACAUGGGUGAGCGCUAUGUCAGUGUCAUCCUGAAGAUGGAAGCGAUGCUCCAUAGCUGGUUUCCUCAAGUCAGAGCCCGCCGAGACCCAGACCCAGACCAGCACAAUGACAGCCAGGAAGAGCACCACACUCCAGCUACGAGACACAAGCAAUACCAUGCCCCAGCCCACCCACCACCUCCAGCCUCUCCUCCCGUCAUCUCCCCCCCAGAGGGUGACCACCACCCAGCCCUGCGAGCCUCCGACGGACCUCUACCUGGCUCCUUCCCCUACUCCUUUGCCACUCAUCUCAAAUGCCUCCACACUGCCCCCAUCCGCUCCUCCAAGACAGAGACAGAGACAGAGACAGCCCAGCAAGAGCCACCAGGCCUGGGCAGACCCUCCACCGCCUGCUCCCUGGGAUCCAACCGUCCAGCCGAGGACCAGGAACAGACCCAAGACGACGCCGUCUCCUCCAGCACUGACCCCCAGGGGAGCCCUAUGGACCCCCACCUCCAGACCCAGCCCUACAGAGUCAGACCCCGAGCCCACCGACGAGGGCCUCCGUCGGGGAAGAUCAGCUCGCCCUGCCUGGAGAGGCUGCUCCAGUCCAAGGAGAGCAUCAUCGCACCCAGAAACACGGGAGGUAAUGUUCCUGAUGGUGGUGAGGAGAGCAGCCGGUCGUAACAGCUGGACCCAGAAACACGGGAGGUGAUGGUCCUGGUGGUGGUGAGGAGAGCAGCCGGUCGUAACAGCUGGACCCAGAAACACGGGAGGUAAUGUUCCUGAUGGUGGUGAGGAGAGCAGCCGGUCGUAACAGCUGGACCCAGAAACACGGGAGGUGAUGGUCCUGGUGGUGGUGAGGAGAGCAGCCGGUCGUAACAGCUGGACCCAGAAACACGGGAGGUGAUGGUCCUGGUGGUGGUGAGGAGAGCAGCCGGUUGUAACAGCUGGACCCAGAAACACGGGAGGUGAUGGUCCUGGUCGUGGUGAGGAGAGCAGCCGGUCAUAACAGCUGGACCCAGACAUGGUCCACGGAGGAGAUAAGGACUGAUCUGGGAACAGAGUUAACCCAGGAGAGACAGAGCUGUAUCUUUCCACAACAGGCUCUCCAAUACAGCAGAGGGCAAAGGUCGCUGUCUGGGCGGGACGCGACAGUGGCUGUCCCUUUAAGAGCUGUGCGUCAUGUGAUCCAUAAUGUGAUCCAUCAUGUGAUCAUACUAUCUGCAGUAAGACACUGAGACAUGGACGAGAGGAGAUAGAACAAACAAAACCAAGGUUAGUCUGUCUGUCCUCAAAAUAACAAACAAAUCUAACCUUGGUUUUGUUUGUUAGAGAGAGAGAGAGAGGAGUAAAACAGAAAGGGUGUUGGGUGAAGGAGAGGAACACCAGUCUCCAUGUUAUCUUGAGGACAGACAGAGAGAGAGACAGAGAGAGAGACUAUGAAGACAGAGAGAGACAGAGAGAGAGACUAUGAAGACAGAGACAGACAGAGAGAGAGACUAUGAAGACAGAGAGAGAGAGAGACUAUGAAGACAGAGAGAGACUAUGAAGACAGAGAGAGACAGAGAGAGAGACUAUG